CUCCUUUCCCCACCACUUCGUCGCCGCCGCCGCCGACGCCGACGCCGACGACGCGAUGGCCCUCGCCGCCGCCGGAUCCCGCCUCGCCCUCCUCGCCGCCCUCCAUCUCCUCCUCUUCCUCUCCGCCCACGCCGGACUGAGCCUCGACCGCUCGGACCUCCGCUCGCUCGCGGACGUCCAGGCCGCCCUGGGCAUCAUCACGGCCGGCGAGCGGAACAGCUCUUCGACGGCGGCGGCCGCCCCCUGCCCCUGCAGCUCGCACGGCGUCGUCUGCGAGCGGCGGCUCUCGAGCGGCGGCGACGGCGGCGCCUACGUCCUCAGGGUCACGCGGCUCGUCCUCAAGUCGCGACGGCUCCAGGGGUCCCUCUCGCCGGCGAUCGGGCGGCUCGCCGAGCUCAAGGAGCUGACCUUGGCCGACAACGAGCUCGUUGACGGAGUCCCGUCUCGGAUCGCCGACUGCAAGAAGCUGGAGAUCUUGGACCUCAGGAACAACCGGUUCUCCGGCGAGGUUCCGGCCGAACUCUCGUCGCUCGUUCGGCUUCGCGUGAUCGACCUCUCUUCGAAUGAAUUCGCCGGGGACUUGAGUUUCUUGAAGAAUUUCCCCAACCUGGAGAUUCUUGCUCUGUCGGGCAACCUGUUCGCUGGGAAAAUCCCAGCUUCUGUACGUUCGUUUCGGAACCUCCGGGUGUUCGAUGUUUCUGGGAACGAUUUUCUUGAAGGCCCUGUGCCGGUCUUGGAGGGAGUCGAUGUCGAGCUCCCUGAUUCUGGGAUUCCAAGAAGAUAUGUUCUUGCUGAGAAUUCGCUCCCUCCAAGUACGCGACGCAACGCUUCUGCUUCUGCUUCUGCUUUUGCAAAAGCACCGGCAUCGCAAUCCCCGUCGCCAUCGGGAACGGGUCAAGAGCCUCACAAGAAAAACAAGAGGAAGUCGGGUAGGUUGGUGCUCGGGUUUGUGGUAGGAGCGCUCGCCGGCAGCGUAUCCGGGUUCGUCUUCUCGCUGCUGUUCAAGCUGAUCACUGCGGCCAUACGAGGUGCAGGUAAGAAGCAAAGUUUUGUGCUCUUCAGCUCUCAAAUCAAGAGACCGGAGGACUUGGCUUUCCUCGAGAAAGAUGACGGGUUAGCCGAGCUGGAGAUCAUCGGAAGUGGCGGAUGCGGAGAGGUGUACAAGGCUCAGUUACCUAGCGACGGCAUGGUUAUUGCAAUCAAGAAGAUCAUUCAGCCCCCACAAGACACGACGGAGCUGAACGAAGAUGAUAGCAAGGCGCUGAACAAGAAAAUGCGACAGAUUCAAUCCGAGAUAAGAACGGUCGGGCAAAUUCGGCACCGGAACCUGCUGCCUUUGUUGGCUCACGUCCCCCGUCCAAACUGCCACUACCUUGUCUACGAAUUCAUGAAGAACGGGAGCUUGCAAGAUGUGCUGACUCAGGUCUCGCAGGGAAGCAGAGAGUUAGCUUGGCCUGCAAGGCACAGGAUCGCCAUAGGAAUCGCGUCGGGACUCGAGUACCUUCACAUGGACCACAGCAGGCGGAUAAUACAUAGAGAUCUCAAGCCCGCGAAUGUUCUUCUAGACGAUGACAUGGAAGCCCGAAUCGCAGAUUUCGGGCUCGCAAAGGCCAUGCCGGAUGCGAAGACGCAUAUUACGACUUCUAACGUGGCCGGGACUGUGGGGUACAUCGCGCCUGAGUAUCACCAGACGCUCAAGUUCACAGAUAAGUGUGAUGUAUACAGCUUUGGCGUCUUGCUGGGAGUGUUGGUGAUGGGAAAGAUACCGUCGGAUGAAUUCUUCCAGCGCACACCAGAAAUCGGCCCGGUCAAUUGGCUGAGGAAAGUGAUGACUUCGGAUAAUCCAAGCGAGGCCGUCGAUCCAAAGUUGAUCGGCAACGGAUACGAGGAGCAAAUGCUGCUGGUUCUGAAGAUCGCUUGCUUCUGUACUCUGGACGAUCCGAAGCAGAGGCCAAACAGCAAGGAUGUCAGGUGUAUGCUGUCUCAGAUCAAGAUGUGAAGUGCUGUCCGUCCAACGAUGUGUUCCUCAAGAAAUCUAGGUUCAAUUAUGUCAAUGAAGCCGCUUAGCUAGCCAUCCAACUCUUGCUUUGUAUUCCGUCUGUAAGAUCAAUCAGCAACUCGUCAAGGAUAGUAGCAGCGAUGACGAUGCUAUGUACUCUAAUAGUGCAGCAAUUUUGCGAUCUCUUUGUACUCUUCCAUCAGAAAACACCCUCUACUCAGAGUGGAAAACUUGUAUCUUCCUUGUUUAGACAGAAAUUGUCAAUAAGUAAACGGUUGUGCUAAUUUCAAAA